AAAGUUCGGCUUCUCACUCUCGGUCGGUCGGGGUGUAGUGUGCGUUGUAAACAUGUGCUUGGCUCCAGAGGCAGUCGCUUAAUUUUUGGGGCGAUUUUGCUAAAAUUUUGUGUUAAUUUGGCAAUAUUUGCUAAUUUAGAUUGACUAAUCGUGGUCCUGCAGUGGACGGUGUCAUUAGCUACUAGUUAAAAGAGAAACGCACGGCGUAAAAAAUCAUGAGCUUCCGCGGACGAGGAGGCGGUGGUGGUGGCUUUGGAGGUAGAGGAGGCGGCGGCGGCUUCGGUGGUAGAGGAGGUGGAGGGGGUGGUGGUGGCGGCUUCAGAGGUGGCCGAGGGGGAGGUGGACGUGGUGGUGGAGGCCGUGGCGGCUUCGGCAACCGCGGUGGAUUCGGAAACCGAGACGAUGGACCGAAGAACAUCGUGCCCUUAGGUUACUACGACUACCCCUGCCAGGAAGAUCUGGUGGCCAAAGUGGAAAUCGAAAACGUCCCCUUCUUCAAUGCUCCCAUCUACAUGGAGGGCGAAAAACAGAUCGGAAAGGUGGACGAAAUCUUCGGCCAUUUGAGGGACUUUUACGUUUCGAUCAAACUGAUGGAAAACAUGAAGCCGGAUGGGUUCCAAGCGAAACAGAAACUGUUCAUUGACUCUGCCAAGCUGCUGCCUCUGGCGAGGUUCCUGCCCGAUAACAAUAAGAAGCCUGGUGGGCGCGUCGGCAAGCCAGGUGGCGGUAGAGGAGGCGGUCGUGGCGGCGGCGGUGGCUUCCGAGGUGGUCGUGGAGGACCAGGUGGUGGUCGAGGGGGUGGCGGAUUCGGUGGUCGGGGUGGUGGUGGCGGACGAGGAGGCGGCGGCGGAUUCCGAGGUAAUCGUGGAGGUGGCGGAGGCGGAAAACGGUGGUAAGCAGGGUACCACAGCGAUCAUUAUCCUCCGUAUAUUUUUGCAUCUAGAUAACAGUAACACCUCAAAAAAUGUUUAAUAAAGUUCGUAUGUUGUAAGAUAGUUCAUAAGCAAACAAAA